AUGCCCGCCUACACCAACCACAUCCCCCUCAAGCUGACCAUAACCCACCUCAUCCCCAGUAAGACCAAAUACCAACUCAUCGAAGAAGUCGAGCGCCUCGACUACUACGUCCCAGGAGGCUACCACCCCAUCAACCUCGGCGACCAGCUCCACGCCAACCGCUACACCAUCGUCGACAAACUCGGGUUCGGCCGCUCCGCCACCACCUGGCUAGCAGAAGACAGUACCCAAGGACGAUUGGUAGCUCUCAAGAUCUCCACCGCCGAAUCAGCACUCCGAACAGCGCAACACGAAGGGCGGAUUCUAUCCCAGCUUGAGAGCGCAAAACCCCAGUCCACGCUCUUUGGAAAAACUACUAUCCCGACCCUCCUCAACUCAUUCAGUUUCUCAGGUCCCAAUGGUACACAUACGUGUUUAGUUACCGAUGUAGCUAGAGUGACUCUUCAUGACGCUAAGGAGGCAUCGUAUCAUCGACUCUUGCAUUUGUCUGCUGCGAGAGCUAUUACCGCGCAGCUCAUUCUCGGUGUACAGUUCAUUCAUUCUCAUGGUCUCGUUCACGGUGAUCUUCACCUUGCAAACAUCCUUCUUCGCUUACCACAUGAUAUGCAAGACAUGACUCCUGAGUAG